AUGAGCGAUAUCAGUACCGAGGAAGAGCAGAGCCCAAAUCCGACGUUUUGGCUCGAGUUUCGCACUUUUGAUGAUGGUCUCUCCUCACAAGUCAACUCGUCAUCCACUCUCACCGCAUUUCCUCAAUUCGCACAACUACCGCCUGAGCUGCGUCUACGAAUAUGGUCAUGCCUCAUUCAACCCCGCAUUAUCGUCGUCUGCUGUCUUCAGCGCGACGAACGGCUUGAUCAAAGACUUGAUGAACUAAAUCAGCGGUCGCGUGGCAGAUCGGUGCCUGUAUUGUUGCACAUCAACCGCGAGGCGCGAUAUCUAGCCUUGCAGCAUUAUGAGCUUGCCUUUGGCUGGCGCAUAUCCAAGCUCCUUUCAGACACGCCCGUAUCUGAACCGCCGCGCGUGUGGUUCAAUUUCGCCCUUGACGCUGUAUAUCUUGCAGGUGAACUAGAGGCGUAUGACAUCUACGGCUUCAACUCGGCAAUGGUGUAUUUCUUACGACGGGAAGACACCCGCAGGGUCAAGCAUCUCGCCUGCGUGCUCUCGGAGCUCGGCUAUGCAGAACAGGAAAGUGAUCAGGUGUUUGGAUGCUUGUGGCACGUUGUCGAUGGUUUUCCUGCUGCGAAGAAGGUCCUGCUGGUCGUAGGCGAAAAGGAUGAGGAGGCUUUGAAGGGAAGUAAGUUGUUGAGCACAGAUAACGUGAUGCAGAAGAUAUGGAAUGGUUUCUUGGGUGGAUCAGCAACCGAGACGAGUUCGAGGAUGGCGGAUAAGUCAAUGCUUAUGAUCGAAGAACACGAUCUGCCGGGGUUCAUUGCGAGGCAAUGA